CCUUCUACUCCCGAAAAAGCACUGACUUUGCUCUGUUUCUUCAUUCACACAGAGAAAAAGAGAAAAGAACAAAAAAAGAAAAGAGAGAAAUCUUCUGAGCAAAAUUCUGACAAAAGAGAUGAUGGAAUGGGAUCAUCAGCAACAACCCAAUAACCUUCACUCUUCUAAUCUUCAAGGGAUCGAUGUUAAUGGCGGUGGCUCCGGCGCCGGUGGAGGAGGAAUGUACGUGAAGGUGAUGACCGAUGAGCAGUAUGAGACUCUCAGGAAACAGAUUGCUAUUUACGGCACUAUUUGUGAGCGUCUUGUUGAGAUGCACAAAACCCUCACUGCUCAACAAGAUCUUGCAGGAGGGAGAUUGGGAGGUCUAUAUGCAGACCCAAUGAUGUCAUCUAUAGGUCAUAAGAUGACUGCUAGACAGAGGUGGACUCCUACGCCCGUUCAGCUUCAGAUUCUUGAGCGUAUAUUCGAUCAAGGCACGGGUACACCGAGCAAGCAGAAGAUCAAAGACAUAACCGAAGAGCUGAGCCAACACGGCCAGAUUGCUGAGCAAAAUGUCUACAACUGGUUCCAGAACCGACGUGCUCGCUCCAAGAGGAAGCAGCAUGGUGGUGGUGGUGGUUCUUCUGGCAACAACAAUAAUGAGUCUGAGGUAGAGACUGAAGUUGAGGCACUGAAUGAGAAGAGAAGACCAGAGAGUCUUCUUGGUCUUCCUGAUGGCAAUAACAACAAUAAUGGCAUAGGGACAGCAGCAACAACAACAACAGCUCCUAGGCCUGAAGAUCUUUGCUUUCAGAGCCCUGAGAUGAGCUCAGACCUUCACUUGCUAGGAGUUCUAUCAAAUCCAAGGGAUGAGCAUCUUGUGGGAAAGAUGGGACUGUCUGAAAGCUACAAUCUUUAUGAUCAUGUUGAAGACUAUGGCAUGUCAGGCUGAUUCAAACAAGCUGAGGAAACUUCUAAUUAUCAGAGAGAUCAAUGAUAUGGAUUUUGUAGUCAGUCAUAAGCAGUUUUAGACUUUUCUGUUUUUUUUUUCUUCUUUUUUAAUGGGUUUCUCAGGGCUUAUUAAGAAACAAGUAGCUUAUCUUAUUAAUCAGCUUCAGAGAAACAUUUACAUGGAAUGUGGAAACGUCUUGUGAUGCUUGCUUUGAUAA